AUGCAGUUCAAAAACAUUGUCACUGUUUCGUCACUCCUGUCGCUGGCGGCAGCAGCUCCCAAAGGGUUCCUUUCAAAACGGGUUGAGCAAGAAGAAAUCACCUGGGGUCCGUUGAUUGGACUUGGCCCGACUGCCGAUGGUGUCGAAAUCACUGGUGUUGUUGCAACGAUCUAUCCUGGAAAAAUGCCUCAGACGCAAGCUGGUGGCCUAUACAACUGGAUUGGCAUCAACAAUGAGACCGAGACCGGUGAUCUUGUCCAGGGUAUCGUCGGCUCAUACACGCAUGGCGAAAGUGAAUGCAAGGGUGCUCAAGCAGACUCGUUGUGGUGUAUCUCGGCAGAGGUCUAUGGCUGGGACACAGAACUGAACGGUUGGAACCAAUACGUCGGCGAGGAACGCACUUUGGCCUCGACUCCCGAGGAUGGUAUCACCUUCAACUACACUCUGAUAAACCAACCGACUGGACUUUGGUACCAGACCGCUCGCAAUGCACGUACUGGUGUCCUGUAUGCCGAGUUCAACAAGACUUCACCGACCAUGACCAUGGUCAACACUGCUGUUGAAUGCCAAUCGUGUACGCCACCAACAGAUGUUCAGUAUUGGAAGGACAUCACCAUCAAGCUCUCAGGAAGCGACAAAAACUUUGGCAGCACACUUUACCAGUCCAAUCAUGCAACCAACACAAAACCCUUCACCAACGAUAAUGGAAGCAUCUGGAAGAUCCAGAAUGUCACCAUCCCCGUUGUUGCUCCUGUCGCCGAUGUUGUCGGAUGA